UCCAUUUCCCCCUCGCAGUAGCACUUUCAAGAAAUCGCUUGUCAAUCAGCCCUCCCCCCCCCAAAAAAAAAAAACAAAACUACAUCUCUCUACCAAAAAAAAAACAGUUAUCUUUCUAAAAAAACACUUAUCUCUCUGGUAAAAAAACCAGUCAUCUUUCUAAGCUGAAUUCGGAAGGGCAGUCUGUUGACCCGAAUCUCAAAAAACCGAACUUACUGGUCAACUUCCCCGAGUCUCGAACUGUUUGAGCCAAGCAAAUUGCUUGCAUAGAUUCGGUCGUCGAUUCUCAUUCAGUUCAAACCUUCGUUCGAUACUCCGAUCAAAAUGUCUCCGUGUAUUGGAGCUUUGGUUCUAAUGCUUCUGUUAGCCCCAAGGCCAGCAGUUGCUUUGUUUGAUAAGAAGCCAUCCUACACUGAUUGGAGCGAUUCUAAGGUCGAGCAAUGGUUGACUGACCACCACAUUCCCAAUCCGGGAAACCUCAACAGUCAAGCGUUGCGCGAAUUGAUUCAAAAAAAUUAUGAUUCUGCUUAUGACCGCUGGAGUGAUGCCGACUUGCAAGAAUAUGUGAACAAAUAUUCCUUGCCCGUUCAAGUUGAUAAACCUCGUGAAGGCAUAAUCGCCACGAUUCGUCAAAGUUAUCAUGGCGCCGUAGAUGCGUGGAGUGACUCUGACUUAAAAGCAUGGAUGGAGGAACAUGGUUUCCCAACCCCUCCAAGUUCGACACGUGAACAGUUGGUCGGUAUUGUCAAGGACAACUAUCAAGAUUCAACUCAAUACUUGAGCAACUCUGCCGGCUCAGCUCAGCAAGUCCUGCAAGAUAAGACGAACUCGGUUUUCGCUUUAUGGACUGAUAGCCAACUGAGGGACUUCUUGUUGGAACACGGUGUUGUAAGCCCUAAUAGUAAACGUGAAGAGCUGGUUAGAGCUGCAAAGAGAUAUUUAAAUGCUGGCGCACAAUCGGCGAGUAAUAUUGCUUCCUCGGCAGCCAACGUUGUGUCCGAUGCUGGAUCGGCUGUUAAAAAUGCUGCCGCCGAUGUGGGCUCAGCCACUUACGAGAAGGCUGCCGAUGCUGGUUCUGCUACUUACGACAAGGCUUCCGAAGCAAGUCAAGCCGCCGGCUGGAAAGUUCACGACGCUGGUGCUUACGUCGGUGAGGCGGCGUCCGAGGCCGGGUCUGCAGCUUACAACAAGGCCGCAGAUGCUGGUUCCGCCGCUUACCAUACGGGAACUUCUGCUGCUGACGCUGCGUACGAAAAAGUCUCACAGACCGGCAAGUCCGCCGGCUCGGCUGCGUACAAUGCAGGAAGUGCCGCGACCGAGGCGGUGAAGGAUGCUCCUGGUGUUGCUUACGAUUAUUUAUCCGAUAAAUUCGACAAUGCGAAAGAUUACGUUUACAGUUCUUGGUCCGACAAUCAAUUGAGAGACUACUUGAUUGCGAAGGGUGCUAUCAAGUCGAGCACCCAUUUCAGUAGAGACGAUCUACUUCAAGCGAUUAAAGAUACGUACAGCGACGCAGCUCAAAACGUGUAUGAAACUUGGUCAGAUACUCGAAUUCGAAAAUGGCUCGCGGACCACGGAGUUGUUUCGAACAACGCUAGCACUCGCGAAGAAUUAGUCAAUUUGAUUUCACAAUACUACUAUGGCGCCAAAGACACAACUUACUCGACUUGGAACUCUAAUGAGUUGCGCACCUGGUUAGAGAAAAAAGGAAUUAUAAAACCUGGCACCCAGAAGAAAAAAGAAGAUUAUCUAUCAUUGGUUGCGGACAAUUACUACAGUGUUCGUGACAAAGCUUACAAUAGCUGGAACGAAUCUGCUCUGCGGUCAUGGUUGGAAAGCCAUGGUCUUUCCAAAACUCCAGGAAAAGCGAGAGAUGAUUUAUUGAAAGUCGUUCAAGAAAACUUCUAUGGAGAAACCGAUAAAAUAUGGGACGCUUGGAGUGACGCCGAGAUAAAGGCUUACUUGUUGAAAAAUAAGCUCGCCGAAAAGAAUGACCUUCAAAAUCUACGCCGCGAUGAAUUAGAGAAGAUUCUCAACGAGAAGUAUUAUUCAGUCAAGGAGAACAUUAUUGGUGGAUGGAGCGAAAGUCAAAUGAGACAGUGGUUAAUCGAUAAUGGAUUCCUCAAGUCUGACUACCAAGCCAAAAAGGACGAGAUUCUAGACUUGUUUUGCAAAAGAUACUCCGACCUUGCCUCAAAGUCGAGUGAAUAUGCGAGUUGGUCAGACAAUCGCGUUCGCGGUUGGUUACGUCUACAUGGGGUACAAGUCUCAAUGAGCACCACACGCGAAGAAUUACUUCAGUUGAUGCACGAAAACUAUAUGGAGUCUAAAGGUAAAAUACGCGACAUUCUAUCCAGCGUUCUUUCUUCUGGAGACCACGUUGUUGGGGGUGCCAUGAACAUUAUCAAACAGGCUGUUGGAGCCGGGGGAAGCAAUCAAAACGCGGCCGGUUAUGUGAAUACCGCGCAGGGAGCUAAACGUGAACUCUAAAAGAAAGUGCAUGUUUUUACAAAUUUGACUCAUCGUGUUUCAUUUGACUGUUGCAGUUGUACCCCAGUUUUCAUGUGAACAUUGCACAAUGUAGAAAUUCUUAGUAUCAGUAGCAAAAUUCUUACUUUUAGUACAUCUAUGUAAACCCCCCUCCUCUGGCUGGGUUCACAAACCUGUAAACCACAUGUCACACUCUCUUGAUAGUCUUCACUUUCCAGUUUCCAUUCCUGGCUCCACAGAGAUCUGCUCCUUCCAUCUCUCUGAGCCAG